CGCCAUUGGCGGGCGGUUUGAAUGGCGGAAGUGACGAGAGCCGGACGAUGGCCGCCCCCUAGAUACUCAAACGGCUACUGGGAGGCUGAGUGGGGUGAGCUGUCGGAUCUCGUUUCCUGCGGGCUGCAGACCGAAGACUCCCGCUAUUCAGAUCUUAUAUAUUUAAAAUACACAGAAAUGAAGAGAAAAGUAGUGAAUGCUAGCAAGCUGAGAUUGAGUCCUAAUGAGGAAGCUUGCAUUUUGAAAGAAGAUUAUGAAAGAAGACGAAAACUAAGAUUGCUACAGGUUCGAGAACAGGAAAGGGACAUCGCCUUACAGAUCAGAGAAGACAUCAAGCAGAGAAGAAAUGAACAGUUUACUCGCUUGGCAGAGGAGCUGAGGGCACAAUGGGAAGAAGCCCAAUCUCAGAAAAUACAGAACUUGGAAAAACUGUACUUGGCAAGUUUAAGAGAGAUGGGAAAGGGACAUCGGCAAGCCAAAGAAAAUCAGCCAGAUUUGGAUGCUGUGGCACGGCGAGCAGCAGAAAGGAAGAAAAAAGCAGAAGUGAGACAUAGAGAGGCCCUGAAAUUACAGAAAAAUCAAAAAGAAAUGUCUCUGAAAGAGAAAACCUGGUAUAUAAACGCUCGAAAAGAAGCAUUGCUUGUGGAAAAAGAGAGAUCUGCCAAGAUUACAAGCCUGCCAAUUCCUCCUCCAGCUCCUUUUGAGAACAUAGAAAUAAAAAAGAUUUCUUCGGUGAAAACCAAUAGUUCUACCUACCAUCAUAUGUCCACAUUUGUGAAUAGACAGAUGGAUGCAUCGGAGCCAGAUGCUCGUUUGGCUGCUGAAAAAGAAGCUACCCGGUUGGAAGAGCUACAGAGGCAAGCUGCACAAGAGAGAACAGAGCAGUUUGAGAAGGCAUAUGCUCGGGGUUUCCAAGCAAUGCAGAAGAUCCAUUUGGCCCACAAUCAGGAGAACGUAAUGAGAGAGCUGAAGCAGCGUCAGCAAGAAGACCUGGCACGCAGGCGGCAGACUGUAGCACAGAUGCCACCACAGCUAGUGGAGCUCCCGUACAGACGAAGUGAAAUGAAGGAAGACUGGCAGAGAGAGCUGGAAUUCGCCUUUGAAGACAUGUACAAUGCAGACAGGAAGGUGAAAGGAAACCUGAUUUUGCACCUUGAGCCAGAGCCUUUGCCCACCAUGAGUGACCAGAUUCAGGAUGAAGAAUUGGACCUUUCGGUAGAACAGAAAGAUAUGGAUGAACUUGAGAACCUUCAAAUGACGGAUGCUGCAGUCGUAGGUCCUCAUGAAACAAAUGUGAAGACUCAACAAAUUCCUUCAAAAAUUCUUUUUAAAAAAUUACUAAAUAAAAUUCGAAGCCAAAAAUCCCUGUGGACAAUUAAAUCCAUAUCUGAAGAUGAAUGUGAAAUGACUACAACUGUUAGUGAAUCUGAGCGCAAAACAGCAGCAGUUGAAGCAGGAGCAGUUGAUGUCAUCCAAAGUGAUGUGCUGACAAUUGAGUCUGGACCACUUUCUAGUGAAGAUAAAUCACUUCCAUGCCAUACAGACACUGAAAAAGAACAAGAAGUAGAUGAGACUCUACCUGGCACAGCUGUCGCUCAGAGCUCAAUUCUACUUCAUCCUCAAGAAGAAGCAGUCAGAGUUAGAACAUCAGCAAAGCAGAAACAGAUAAUGGAAAUAGAAAUUCAAAAGCAAAAGCAGUUGGAGUUACUGGCACAAAUUGAACAACAAAAGUUAAGAUUGGAAACCGAUUGUUUCCGGGCUCAGCUGGAAGAAGACAGAAGAAAAAGGACUCUGCAGCCUGAGGUCGGUACUGAUUCUUCAUCAAGCACUGUCAUUUCUGAUGAAGAUGACCAUAGGCAGAUGAUUCGUAACUAUCAACAGCAACUCUUACACCAAAACAGGUUACACAGACAAUCUGUUGAAACUGCCAGGAAACGGUUACUAGAGUAUCAGACUAUAUUAAAAGAGAAGUACCCUUCGUCAGCCACAACAUCAUUGGUGUCUGAUUCUGUUGUAUCAGAACAUUGGCAUCAGAGUCGGGGUCUAAAUUCAUGUCCCUACAAGUCCAAGCCUGUGCAACCCAUCCAGUCCUCCAGAUUAGAACAAGGUCAUAUUCAGUCACUAAGACAGAGUCCCAUUCCACAAAGACAGGUGGAAGCUACAGAAAAACUAAGUGCUUCAGAUGUUUUAGCCAAGAAGUCUUUAGACUCACAAGACCAUAUAAGGCAAUUCUCUGGAACUGAAACACAACAGACAGACUAUACAUUGGUCCCUACUGAGUUUCAUAUACUUUCAAGGGCAUUGUCAUCUGAUAGGGCACGAAUACAAAAUGCUAGAGAACUAUCUGAAACAUUUAGGCUAACAACUUUUCAAACUUUAGACUCCCAGCAAAUGUCACAGGACAAUGAAAACAUAUCUUCUAAGCUAACUGAAUCGUCUUCAUUUCUACCACUGGUACCUGAACAUUCUUUUACUCUUCUCCCUGUUAACGCUGAAUCUGGAAAAAUUCAGGAACCCUUACCAACCACCAGCAAAAGUGCAGUUUGCAUAAGCCAUUCUGUAGAUAGCCAAAUGCAUGAUCAGCCUUUGACAUCCUCAGAGACUAUCACAGCCCAUCAAGGUAAUUUGAAGGCUCUUCAAGAACAGUUAGAACUACAGAAGGAUAUUCUUCAGGCAAGACAAGAAACUCAAGAGCAAAUGCUUUUGCAUAAACAGAAGGAAUUGGAAGAGCAGAUUGGCUUCUCAGUAUUCCUCCCAUCAGUAGCACAUUCAUUUGCUUCACUGACUUCUGCCACAGCAAAAUCAGGAAGAACCCAGGAGUCUUCUGUAGCCAAGAAUGCUACAUCAACUUCCUCAAGCGAUCCUGUGAUCCCACAACUUCAGGAUAGGCUUUCAAGUGUUUCACAGCCUACGUUAUCGCAGCUAAAUAGCUUAAAAUUUCCCCCUGAACAGUUGAAUAUUCAUAAAGACAGCCUUCAGGCCAGGCGGGAGGCUCAGGAAGUCUUAUUUGUACAUAAGCAGUGUGAUUUGGAUGGAGGACUGUGUUCUGGACAGCCUGGACCCUCUUUUCAACCACACCAAGUAGCUCAGCAUACAUUUACUUCAUGUCCUUUUGCUGAUACAAAAUCUACAAUAAUCCAGGAACAGCCUUUAUCUAACAAUGAGGAAGGGUUUCUGUCAAGCCAUUCUGAAAUGCUAGUGUCUCAGAAUGGAGCUUGGAGUUUCCUCCCUCUACAUGAUAGUUCAAGGUUACUUCAAGAACAGCUGGCUACACAAAAGGAUAUUCCUCCCAUUAGAUGUGAUGCUCAAGUGGACGCACUUUUACAUAGACAAAAGGAUGUGAGGAACACUCAGCUUGGGCACAUAGGCUCUUCACCAGUACUCGUUCAACACAUAGACGCUUCACCAGUUUCUACUGAUGCUCAGCCUAGAUUUCAGAAACAUUACUUAUUGAAGAAGGAGAGCAUAAUUCCCUCUGAUGAUUUGACAAGCCCAAGAUUUCAAGAUACAUCUCUUAGCUUUCCACAACAGGGCGUGCCAAAGCAAGAACAUUUCACAACACUCCAGGAACAAUCACACAUACAGAGAGUAAUACUUGGAGCUAGAAAAGAAACUCAGAAAUUUGUAUACAAACAAACUGAACUGGAAAAAAGAAUUUCUUCUGAACAGAGUGGCACCUCUUUACCAGGAGCUGAAUCUGGAAGAUUCCAGGACUUGACAUCAAUCAAGAGUGAUGAUACAGGUCCCUUAAUUCAUUCUACAAUUCCAAGGUUUCAAGAAAGACUUUUGAGAUUUUCACAACAUGUACUACCUCAACCAGAUAAUUUACAGAAACACCAAGAAUAUAUGGACACACCAAAAGAGGUCUCGCAUUUUAGUCAAAAAAACCAAGAUAAUACACCUUCUGAACAAACUGGUUUUUCUUCCUUCACGCCUCAAUUAAAGCAGCUCUCAAUUACAUCAUUACGUUCUCCUGACUCUAGUAUAACCCAGGAGCCAAUUUCAAUAGCAAGUGAUAGUAAAAUAUCUUCAAGCCAUUUUCAGAUUCCCCAGUUACAGCACAAGCUUCUAAAGCUAUCACGUUGUAUCCAGCCUCAACAAGAUAAUUUGAAGGCACUUCAAGAAAAAUUAGCUACACAGAGGGAAGCCAUCAUUCAAGCUAGACAGGAAGCUAGGGAAGAAAUACUUUUACGGAACCAGCGAAAUUGGGAGGAAAGAGUAUCACCUGAGCAGGUUGGCAUCUCAUCCUCACUCCGAAUAGCCCAACACCCAUGUGCUUCAUUACCUCCUACUGGGCCUGAAAGAACCCAAGAACCCUGUCCUGCACACACAGAGAGUACAACCCCCUCCAGUCACACUGAGGUGCUGGUUUUGCCUGAUAGGCUGUUAGGUUUAUCACAUACUGUUUUGCAACAGCAAGAUAAUUUGAUUACACUUCAAGAGCACUUGCAUGUACAGACAGAUUCAAUUCCUUCUGAGAAAACUCAGAAAGAGUUAGUGUCCAGACAACGUGAGUCUGAGACAAAAGGAUCUUCUGAGCAUUUUAUCCAACCUCACCAUGGUGAUUUGAAGACAUUGCAACACCAGUUAGACAUACAAAGGAAAGCCAUUCGCUUUGGCCAAGAAGUUCAAGAAGAACUGCUUUUACAGAGAUUAAGUACAUUGGAGAAAAGAGUAUCCUCUGAGCAGAUUAGCUCAUUUGCAUCCCAGGUAGAGUUACCUAUUGCAAUCUCUGAAGGAACCCAAAAGUCUUUCCCAGCAGACAGCGGUAAUAUGGAAUUCUCCGCAUUGCCUUUGAGCUCUUCACAGCCUGUUCUGCCUCCUCAAGGUGAUUUGAAAGUGUGUCAUGAAGAGGACACCCAAGAAGAACUGCUGUUAAACAAAGAAAGUCAAUUUAGCAAAAUUGAAUCUGCUGAGCUUGCUCUUUCUUCUUCCUUUCUAUCUGAGGAGCUAGAGCAUUCAUUCAUUCCACUACCUUUUGCAGAAACUAAAUAUACAAGUACUUAUGAAUUGAAUUCAUCUAAAAAUGAACAUGAAGCUUCCUCAUGUGAUUCUGAGAUACCAGGAUUUCAAGAAAGACUUUUGAAUUAUUCACAGCCCAUCUUACUUCAGCAAAAUUAUAUGAGUGCUGAGAAGCAGUUCGAUCUACAGAGGGAAGUUGUGCAUUAUAACCAGAAAGCCUCUGAAGAAUUUCUUGAGCAUAGACAAACAUUGCAGAAACAUAGUGACCAUCAGGAAAGCAAGGCCAUGACUGAAAAUUACUUUAAAAUGCAGAAGAUGGAGCAGUUCAGAGAAUGGAUUCCUCAUAUCCAAGGCCUAGCAGGAGGUGAUCAGGAAAGCAUUAGUCAUGCUGCAGGUGAGCAUCUAGACAAAGAACUGUGUAAAAGAGCCUCUAAGCCGCCUGUGGCCAAAGUUAAAUGUGGACUGAACUUAAAUCAGCAUGAACUUAGUGCUAUACAAGAAAUAGAAUCACCAGUAAGUGGCAGAACUUCUAUACCAGAUAAGCUAGUUAUUUUUGAAGACAGAGACCCCAUGAGAGUCUCAAUAAGCCGAGAACAAAAUUUCCUUCAGAGCCCACCUGCUCAUGAUCCAUUUGUUUGUCAUCAGCCAUCUGCACAGGAGAAUAUCAGAAGUGAUGGCAUCACUGAUGAAGCAGUCAAGGUCAAGGAAUCUGACGUUGAAAAUUGUGCAGUAUUAAGCUAUGCUGUGGAAGAAGUGUGCACACAUGUGACUCCAGUUGUGCAGCCAGAUAAUAAGACUGAAGCACAAGAUCCUUCUCACGAGCCAUCCUCAAUAACUGUUUCUACUGGUAGCUUUUUAAGUUAUGAAAACACAGAUUUGAGCCUUACAGAUGCAGAGUCAUUUUCGGAGCCUAUGGACCAUCAGGAACAAGAAUCUACCAUUAAACAAGAGAAAACAGAUAUUUUAAGUUCUGUAGUUUCUUCAAUGCAAAUGAUUUAUCAGCAGCAACAGAACUCUUCAGAUGUUCCUAACUCUCUGUUGCCUGUAAUGGAAGAAUUUACUUCUGGUCACACAGAAUCUCAACAGAACACAGACAGUUGCAGAAAGGAAGUAAAUCUGAUACCUGAGAAAACAGACUUGUGGGUUGACCUUGACUUUCCAGAACUGGAGUUUGUUUUCCCAAAUUUGCAUCAUCAGCUCUUUCAACCCUUAAAGCCACAAGCAAAUUUUGAUUUAUCAUCAUCAUCAUCAUCUGGGAUUUCUCAAGACAACAGAGAGUUUUACCAGACCUUAGAUUCAUCUGAAAGAUACCAUGCUACUGUAACAUCCAGAAGUACAGUUUCUUUUACAGCACUGAGGCAGACCCACUUGAAUUCUUUUCUUAACACAAGACUAAACCAGCAACCUGACCCUAACUUGACUCAUAUUGCAACUCCUACUUUUGCUGCAGGAAACACUGAGGGAUCUGAAGAACCUUUUCAAAAGCUUCUGCCAGAAAUUUCUUCCCAGGAGGGGAGCCAGCAUGCCGAUCUUCCAACUAUUGUUAGCAUUGAAGCAAGAGAUUCUUCCCAAGGCAUGGAAAAUGAGAAAUCUCCCUGUGAACAGGCUGAAAUUCUACAGAAUAAGAAAAGUGUUCAUUUUCACCGUUGUGUAGGAGAUUCUAGUUCAGCCUGCAGUUCAUCUGAUUUUAGUGUGUUUGAUCAGUUGCGUGUACAGCACAGCACUCCAUGUGGCUCCACCUCCAGUGAGUGCUCAAUAAAACUAGAAAGUGAAGAGGGCAGGCUGGACUUCCAAGAAUUGUCCAAAAGACAGAUGGUCACAAUAUUACAAAGCCAAGAAUUGAAAGAUGAUAAAAGGACAACUUGUAGGUCACCUAUAAAUCCCCAUGUUGAAGACAGUGACUCACAGUUGCGUGUGAGAACAGUAGAGAUGGGAACUUCAGUGCAGACACCUGAAGAGUAUUUUGAAAAAUCAUGUAAGAUCGAAACUCCAGAAGCCCUAAGCCUAUCUCAACCAGCACUGUCAGAACCCCAUAGAAGUCUAAGAUCAUUUUCAUUCCAGAGCUCUAUUCCAGUGUGGGAGACAGAAUCUGGCCAUGGCAUCAUGGAAGAGCCAGAUCUUACUCUAGUAAGCAGCAGUGAUAUCAGUAUUGCUGAGACCGAUUUUGCAAACUUGACCAUAGAAGAAAGGAAUGAAUCAAACUCUGUUCAGGUGAAUGAAUUUCUGCCUUUUAUAUCAGCAACAGAAGCCUCAGAUUACACACCAACAGUUUCUACAGCUAUGCCUGAGACUUUACAAGCAGCAUUUAUGCAAGAAAAAGAAUCAUUUAUGGCAAGAUCCUACCAGAGGCAGAAAGAACUAUCAAGCAAAACGCAAAUCUCUGAAAAUUCUCUGAUUGGAACAGAUUCAGCAGGUCAUCACAAGGAUGUGAAUGAUGUCAGGGUAUGUCUUCCUGAAGACAGACAGAAUGAACAAGCCAUUAUGCCAAGAAGGGUUAAAAGGUUAUGCAAUCAACUAGCUGAAGUCAAACAACAAAAGGAAGAAAAAGCAAAACAGGAAGUAUAUGCCCAAAACAGAGCAAAGGCUAAAGAGUUUCAUAAGAAAACACUAGAGAAACUUCGAGCCAAAAAUACAUGCUGACACACAGUAUUUCUUUUGAAGUCAAUAAAUUUUUAUUUAAUCAUU